AUCUAUCAAUUUUGCCCCGUUUUGCCAUCGCACCACACGCGAUACCAAUACUCUGUAGUGUGUGUAUGUUAGUUUUUAGUACAAAUCAGUCGAUCAUGAUGUGCGGAUCGGAGUUUUUCGUGUGACUUUGAAGUGCGUUUUUAGCAAGUUUCGGUAAGUUUUGGGUAGCAUUUAAGCAUGCCAUGUGUUGGUUGAUGAAAGUUACAACAAAAUACCGCUCGUAAUGCAACUAUAUCUGAAAGUUUAAACCCCUCAAUCUGUAAAAUUGAAUAAGUUUGCGACACUGCUAGAGUCAUCAUCAGUAGAUGCAUUGCAUAUACAAGCAGCAACGGAGAAGAAUUUGUCAACGGUUGAUAUUUUUAGAACCGUUCGCCUCGUUUGCCUUUGUCGUGCGGCAUACCGUGGGUGUUAGUGUCGAGUCGAGUGCUCUAUAACGACGGCGGGUACCGGUGUUUGUGUGCUUGUUUGAAGCAGCAGCAGUUGUUUGGUUUGCAGCUAAGCGUGUUCGUGUUGAGGACAGCGUGCAAAGAGGCACGAUAGCCAAAACAAAGCCUCGGAUUGCAGAUCUUUCGUAACUCCUGUCGUCCUUAAACAAACCAGCCCUUGCGGACAAUGUUCUCCCGCCAUACGUCACAAUUCGGCUCGUGUGCUAGCGAAAUACACAAAACGCUGUGCUACUUUUUCGCUGCGAUCAACAUAUUUCUGGCCCUUGAUUUGCUAGCCGAUUUUAGUGAGGAUGCUAUUGACGAUUUGGACCGCGACGACGACGACGACGAUUCGGACGAAUAUUUGUUUAGUCAACCGAUGCAAGGACAAUGGUAUAGAAUGUCUUACGGAAUGCUAGCUGGCCCUGCCCUGGCCAACAUUAUUCUGGCGGUGCUUCUGGUUAUUGGAGUGUACAAGAGACGACCAGCGUUUGUUCGUCUAUUCAAGUGGUUCGUCGUUGCGCAAAUGUUAGUACUUCUCUUUGCAUUGCUUUACUCAUAUUACUUCUAUAUUAAUAUGUUUGGCCGGAAAGGAAGCAUUUUUACAAUUUGGCUUGUUCUAGUCGUAUCAUUGGCACUUUUUGGUACUGAAGCGUGGAUUGCUGGAGACUACUAUAAGUUAUUGCUGGAGGAACUUCGUAUUGAGAAUUUGGAUUCGUCCCUAGUUAUAUAAAUGGCAACGGCCAUAAUAAAUGAUCAGUCAGUUAUAAGGGGCGAACCAGCCACAGACUUAAAGCCUCUGAAAUACAGAAUCAAUGAUCACUUAAUUAAAAGUAACCAAAAGCUAAUAUCUAUCGUUUUGUUUUUAUCCUCCGUAGAAUAUUGUCACUUUUCACAUGACAAAUUACAUCAAAUUGGCUAGAAUUUGAAAUUAAACCGAGCUAAAUUCAGCUUUUAACUCAAUCUAAAUC